GCACGCGUCCUCCUCCUCCGCCGAACAUCGAGCAUCGGGCAUCGAGCAGCACCGAGUGCGCGGCGGAGAAGCCUUAGAUCCAAACAAAUAGACAGUAAUAGACGCUUUUUCUCACCAUGUUCGAGAAAUCGCUGUACGACCUCAUCCGCGGUCUGCGGAAUCACAAGGGCAACGAGAAGGAGUACAUUCAGAGCUGUCUGAAAGAAUGCCGCUCCGAGAUACGCAGCCAGGACAUGGACGUCAAGGCCACGGCCUUGCUCAAGCUCGUCUACCUCGAGAUGGUGGGUCAUGACAUGUCCUGGGCGUCGUUCCAUGUCCUCGAGGUCAUGUCGUCCCAAAAAUAUCACCAGAAGCGCGUCGGAUAUCUCGCCGCCGUCCAGAGCUUCCGCCCCGACACCGACGUGCUCAUGAUGGCGACAAAUCUCCUGAAAAAGGACUUAAGCGUCGCAACGCCCACUGUCAUCUCCCUGCCGAUCGCCGCGCUUCCCCACAUUGUCACGCCUUCCUUAGCAAUGUCUCUCCUGGGUGAUCUGCUGCCUCGUCUCAGCCAUUCCCAUGCAGCCAUCCGAAAGAAGACGGUAGUCACGCUCUACCGGAUGGCGUUGGUAUACCCCGAAACCCUUCGUGCGGCAUGGCCCAAGAUCAAGGAGCGUCUGAUGGACGGGGACGAGGACCCGAGCGUGACGGCGGCUAUUGUGAACGUUGUUUGCGAGCUAGGCUGGCGGAGACCACAUGACUUCCUUCCGCUAGCGCCGCGUCUCUUUGAGCUGCUCGUCGACGGCGGCAACAACUGGAUGGCAAUAAAGCUGAUCAAGCUCUUCGCUACCUUGACGCCCCUCGAGCCCCGACUAGUCCGGAAACUUCUUCCGCCGUUGACGAACCUUAUCCGAACCACCCCAGCCAUGUCCUUGCUAUACGAGUGUAUCAACGGCAUCAUCCAGGGUGGUAUUCUCGGUGAAGGAGAAGACUUCUCGGCAAGGGAAGAGGUGGCCUCGCUCUGUGUCAGCAAGCUGCGCGGAAUGGUGUCGGUCAACAGCGACCCAAAUCUCAAAUAUGUGGCGCUACUGGCCUUCAACCGGAUUGUUGUCACGCAUCCCUUCCUCGUCGCGCAGCAGGAGGACGUCAUUCUCGAGUGUAUCGACAGCGAGGACAUCACCAUUAGGAUAAAAGCCCUCGACCUGGUGCAGGGCAUGGUCAGCAGCGACAAUCUUGUGUCCAUCGUCAGCCGGUUGAUGAGGCAGCUCAAGGCGUCUUCGGCGGCGCUCAGUCAGCGGCAAAACGGUCUGGAGGGCCAGGACCACGAAACGGACUCGAGCGACGAGGGAAUCGCGGAUUCCCGCUGGCGCCGUAAGACACAGGAGAGCACACCGCCUCUCCCAGACGACUACACGGUGGAUGUGAUUGGCAGGAUUCUAAGGAUGUGCUCCCAAGACAACUACGCCAACAUGGUCGACUUCGACUGGUAUAUUGACGUCCUUACCCAGCUCGUCCGAGUAGCACCCACCCCGCGAGCAAGGGACCCGGAUCUUGAUGCGUCAAAAUCACGAACACCAGGCGACAUCUCUGAGAAAAUCGGCAACGAGAUCAGAAAUGUGGCUGUCAAGGUCAAGGCGAUCAGGGCUGCGGCGGUUCGAGCCGCUGAGCUUGUCAUAGCCAGAAUGAGUUCCGAAGUCUCGCUCUCACGAACAAUGGUCUCGGGGGCCCUGAAGCCAGUUGCGUGGGUAGUUGGCGAGUACGCUCUCCAGCUGCUAUCACCCGACGACACCCUUCGACACUUAUUGGAUCUCGCUCCCCGAAUCGCGGACCCCGAGGUUCUCGCAACCUGUCUGCAAGCUAUCUUGAAGCUGCUCGCGCAUGUUGCCGGGGACAACCGGGCAUUAUGGACCCCGGAGAGGAAGUCAACCGUGGCGCUGCAGAUGGCCCGCAUCAUUCAUGUGUUGGAGCCGUUUGCGCUGCAUCCAUAUCUGGAAGUGCAGGAGCGCGCUGUCGAGUUUAUCGAGCUGCUCAAGCUCACGGCGGAAGCAGCGGCGGGCCAGCCCCCCUCGACGGACGAAGUGCAGCAGGAUCCGCCGCUGCUUCUUACCCAGGCCAUUCCGUCGCUCUUUGCUGGGUGGGAGCUGAACUCGGUUGCACCGGGGACACAGCAGAAUGUGCCCCUUCCCGAUGAUCUUGACCUAGAUGAGCCGAUCCAUCCUAACCUCGACGGCCUGCUGGCACAGGCGGACUCGUUGAUGCUGCCGACCCAGGGUGAAGACGAAUUCGAAGUAUACUACAACCAAAAACCGCCGCCCACCAGCAUGUCCAGCGAGCCAGCAAUCAACCGGCUUUUGGACGCACCCGAGGAAGUCUCGAGCUCAUACCAACACGCCGAAGAGAGCUACCUCGACCCUGACAUCGUCGCCAGGAGGAAGGCAGAGCGCAUGGAGCGCUACCGCGACGACCCUUUCUACAUCCCCGACUCCGCCCGCUCCGGCGGCGCGUCCACACCCAUCCACAACAUCCUGCAGAAGGAGAACGGCCCGGACCUCGACAUUGAUUCCAUCCCCAUCAUGCAGCUCGACCUCGACAGACUUUCCCUUUCGGGCCGCGGCACCCCGGCAGCGGAGAAACAACAACAGCAGCAACCCGCCAAGCCGAAACCCCGCCAACGCAUCGUCGUCGCAGCAGACGAAACCCUGGGCUUCGGCGGCUCCGGCAGCGGCCUGUCCACCCCGCGGACUGCCGCCGCGUACGACUCGGAAACCAACAGCAUCAACAACAACAAUGGCCAGCCCCGCAAAUCCAAGACGGCCACCGCCGCCGCUGGCGCCUCGAAAAGGCCGAAGCAGCAGUCCCUCCUGCAGGUCGACUCGAGCCACCUGGGCGAUCUCAGCCUGGACGGCGGCGGCGGCGACGCGCUGGCGCACGAGCGGCAGCAGCGCGAGGAGGCCGAGAUGGCGCAGGCGCUGCGCGAGGUGCAGCGGCUGCGGCUGGAGAUGCAGCGGGCGAACGAGCGGAUCCAGGUGGCGCAGGGCGUGCCGGCGGAGGGGGUCGUGGUGGCGGCCAAGAAGAAGAAGAAGACCAGGAAGAUGGGGGCCGGAGCCGGGAAGAAGGAGGGCGCUGGCACUGGCGCUGGCUCUGGCGCUGUUGAGGGAGGGGAAGGACCAGACACGGAGGGAGUGGUCAAGGCGAAGAAGAAGAAAAAGAAGGCUCCUACUACCGGGGAUGGGGGUGGUGGUAGUGGGGAAGGAGAGGCGGCUGGUGUGGGUGGGGAGGGAGAGGCGGCGCCGGCUGCGAAGGCGAAGAAGAAGAAGGCCAGGAGGGUGGUGAAGUUGGAUGAUGACGGGGAUGCGGCUGCAGCUGCGGAGGGCCAGUCAUAGGCGGUCGUGCAGCGGCAGCGGUUGGCCGUGGGGCAUGCUUGUUACAUAGACGAGACGAAGCUGUGGAAACACACGGGGCAAGACAAAUCGUUGAUGCUUACGAGUCUGUGUGAAUGGACUUAUGAGAGACAUCGUGCUACCCCAACCCAGG